AUGGAGUGCCUGGUCUUCCUGAAUACUGAGGCAGGAACUGCAGGAGAGCCAAGGAGCAACCUUUUCCUUUCCCCUCUCCUCAGGGCUGGUGGCAGUGCUAUCUGAGACUCUGCACUCUGAGCUGUCAGCUAUUAAUAACCUCAGGAUGCCUGUGCAAACAGACUUCAAGAGUCAAAUUCACAGCACUCUGCAUCAGCACUUUGUGCUGGGCAGAGCUUUCCUGCACCCAGGAGGCACCCUGGGUGAGUGGGGCUGCUGGACGAGCCUCCCCAGCAGUACCCACAGACAGGCUGGGAGGAAGCGGCCCACUGCUGAGCUGUGGGACAGGUGCAUGAGCUGGUCUGAGCGUGGCACUGCAAACCUGAGUCAUGCCGCAAGAGGUGACCAAGCUGAAUCUGGGGAAGAAGAUCAGCAUCCCCAGAGAUGUGAUGCUGGAAGAACUUUCUCUCCUCACUAACAAAGGUUCCAAGAUGUUCAAAUUACGUCAGCUGCGAGUGGAGAAGUUCAUUUAUGAGAAUAACCCUGAUGCCUUCACCGACAAUUCUGUGGAUCACUUUCAGAAGUUCAUCCCACCAGGAGGGCAUUACGGAGAAAAUGCUGACGGUUAUGGCCAUGGGCGGAUGGUAGGAGGAGUGACAGCAGGGCAUCAUGGCUCCAGUAAGCAGCACUAUUCCACCGUACAUCCUAGGCCUGGAAGCAAAGGAGGUCCUGGGGACAGCGAAGGGGAGCAUGCAGAAGAAUCUGCUGGAAGUGGUGGAGAAGGAGGUCAUGGUACUGAGAAAGAUGGAAAGUCAGGAGGCAAAAAAACUCUGUUUAAAACUUACAUCUCCCCCUGGGAACGAGCAAUGGGUAUUAGCCCUGAGGACAAAUGUCAAUUGACCAUUGAUUUACUGUCAUACAGUCCCAAAGCUGAUUUUCCCCAUUACAAGUCUUUUAACAGGACUGCCAUGCCAUAUGGGGGUUAUGAGAAAGCAGCCAAACGGAUGACCUUCAAAGUGCCUCAGUUUGAUAUUUGCCCUUUGCUUCCAGAGUCUAUUGUGUUAUAUAAUCAAAAUUUCAGAAACAGACCCUCCUUCAACAGAACCCCAAUACCUUGGAUGCCUUCAGGAGAGUCCUCUGAGUACCAUACUGACAUCAAUGUGCCAAGAAGCGGUGAAACAGAAGAGCUGUAAAUCCCUACCCCCAAAGUCUUUCUUUUUUCUUAGCCCUUUCUAUUUGCAAGUUGGUAGUAAGGAGCUGAAAAUUGCAACUCUAGUCCUCUGAGUCCUCUCUUCUUUUUUGCCUGUAACCCCAAGUUCCUGGUGACUUCUAAACUUAACAUUUGCUGUUGUGUUAAUCCAUAUCAGAAACAGUUUGAGGGAAAGGAGUUUUUUAUUCACCAGGGUAUAAAACGGCAAAAUUACGAAUUUGUUUUCUGUUUAGCAAUGCUAAAUGCUGCCUGUCUGCUUCAUAAUAAAUUUGUCAUAUAUUCACAAGUAAUAAAACACGAAGAUGAAAUAAAAAAAACCCUGCUUUUUCUCUUUAAAAAUGCUGCUGAAUCAAUUUGAGGAUUAGCAGUAACAAAAGAUUCAGUCUCACAACGAUGCUGUUAGCAUGAGAAGAAAGAUUUGGGACAAUCAUAAGAUAGGCAGGUACAGAUCAAGGCACUUAGGUAUACAUCAAAGUGAGUUGGAUGAAGACCUUGAGACUCCUUGUGAGGAAUGAUGCAUUUGAGAGGAAAUGAUACAAGUAACCAUAACAGAAACAGAGAUAAAAUAGCAACUAAGUCUCUCGAUGUAACAGACAGAUUAAA